CCCUCUCAUAGCGUUCGCCUCUUCCUCUUCUUCCUCCUCCUCUUCCUCCUCUGCCAUCCCCGCUGCGGCUUACGGCUACGCACCGUGGGCGAUCUCUUCCUCCUCCUAGGGUUAGGGUUAGGUUUUAGGGUUGCGGCUCACGGGUACGCACUAACGAACGAACGCUGGCUCGUCAGAUCAAGCCGUGCUUCUUCGGCUCCUCCUCCUCCUCCUCCCCCAUGGACUACCCGGCGAUCAACCCCCAGGUCUUCGACCGCGAGGUCGUUAUCAAGGUAAAGUACGGCAAUAUUCUCAAGCGGUUCAAUACUCGUGUUUAUGGGCAGUACUUGGAUUAUGACAUAACAAGACUUAGGAUGAAGAUCAUCAAUGUCUUUAAGCUGAGCCCAGAUGCUGAGCUCACUCUUACCUACACAGACGAAGACAAUGACAUCGUCACGUUGGACGAUGAUGAUGAUCUGCAUGCUGCCGUUAAACAGCAAUUGAACCCUAUCAGGAUCACUGCUCAAAUGAAAUGCGAUGCUUCUGCUGAUGCUGAACUGACACCUCAGUCUGCAAACCCCACCCCAAGGUCUCCGAAUUCCAACUUCGAUCCUGCUCAGUUAGGCUCAGCUGUAGAAGAAGCACUGAAGAGUCUCCCAGAGCACGUUCGGACUAAAUUUUCAAAGUUAUCUCAGGACAUCUUUUCAAAAGCUGUAGCUUCUGCACCGCCAUUAGCUGAAACUCUGCAGUUCCUGUCAAAGUUGGAGUUUUUAAAUGACACUCGGCCUUCGAAUGGCUCAAUGGGCCAAUCAUCUGUUAAUGUGAAUGCAAGUAAUGAGCAGAAAGAUAACCCAGUUCCAGAACGCUCAGAUAAGCAGCCCAAAACAGAUCAUACUUCUCUUGAAGUCAGGACUGAAGCUCCUCAAAAUCACGGCGCAGCUGGAUUUAGCCCUAUCGACGAUGUGUUGCCGUACCUCUUGACAAAAAACAAUGAUGAGAAGAAGAAUGUUAGCAAAGUUCAUCAUAGUCCUUAUUCUGAUUCAUUAAUUGUUGAGCCUUUAGGGUGUCAUGAGGUUCCAAAGAUGCCAACUUUCCCUCAUUAUGGAGUUGGAACGGAUGCUGUGGGCAAUGAGACAAUUAAACAGAAAGCCUUAGGCACAUUAUUGCCUUCGACCUUCGGUGGUGGUUUCAUUCGCAAUGAUGUCCCUUCCUUUCAUGGGUGGCCCCUUGGUGCACCUUCGAAUGCAGUUCCUCGUCCAGGUUUUGGCUAUUCCCAUUUCGAGCACCCUUACAGGCCUUACAUAGGUGAUGGCUAUCCUGAAAGUAUGCUCCAUACUUUCCAUAGGGGAGUCCAAUGUGAUGGUUGUGGGAUGAAUCCCAUCUCUGGCCCACGCUACAAGUCUAAGGUGAAAGACAACUAUGAUUUGUGCAGUAUUUGUUUCUCUCGGAUGGGCAACAAAGAUGAUUAUACAAGAAUGGACAAGCCUUCUCCCUUUCCUCACAAAAUGUUUAAUCAUCACCCAAAGUCCCGCUGUGUUUCACUAGGUUUCACGACGAGGCCAACUCGAGAAAAACUUGAAGGCCGCUUCAUUAAGGAUGUGGCUGUCCAUGAUGGAACUAUGAUGGCCCCUAACACCAAAUUUACAAAGAUUUGGCGGAUGCGUAACAAUGGGACCACACCUUGGCCCUAUGGUACUCGGAUUGUGUGGGUCGGUGGAGAUCACAUUGCUUCCCAAGAUAGGGUUCAGCUAGAGAUUCCGACGAACGGAUUUGCAGUGGACAAAGAAAUUGAUAUUGCAGUUGAUUUUAUCGCUCCACCACUCCCUGGGAGGUACAUAUCUUACUGGAGAUUGGCUGCUCCUCUUGGGCAGAAGUUUGGUCAGCGAGUUUGGGUUCUUAUCCAGGUGGAGAGCCCCAGUCCUCCGACCAGCGGCAGCAAACUGAGUUUGAACUUAAACCUUCCUCCCGCAGGCAGCAGCAGUUCUGUUAUAGAAAUGAUGGGCACCAACGUCGAGACCAAGGACGAAGCUCACCCUCAGCCCAAUGUGACCAACACUGCCGAGGAAUUAAUCAAGCCUCUGGUCGAUGACGGCCCAGUUAUUAUAACUGAUGAGCCUGUGGAGCCGCCGAUUGUGGUCGUCCCUCCGGUACAAUAUCCUGCCGUCGAUUUCCCGACGUCCGCACCGCCGCAGCCCCCGCCGUCGCCGCUGCUGCAGGCAUUCAACCACGACAACUCUGUGGAGGAGGUGAUGCUGAAGGAGUUGGAGGAGAUGGGCUUCAAGCAGAUCGACUUGAACAAGGAGGUCCUCAGGCAGAACAAGUACGACCUGGACCAGUCCGUGGGCGACCUCUGCGGGUUCUCGGAGUGGGACCCCCUUCUCAUUGAGCUGGAGGAGAUGGGUUUCGCCGACAAGGAGAGGAACAAGAAGAUGCUGGAGAAGAACGGCGGGAGCAUCAAGCGCGCCGUGAUGGACCUCGUCGCCGAGGAGAAGAAACCCAUCUAAGUUGUCGUCUUUAUCUAUAAAUACAUAAAGUUAUGGUGAUAUAAAUAAAUUAGGAUCGUAUAUGUAUUCAAAUAAACAUGUGGACAUGGUUUAGGUUUGCGUAAUCGGGGAACUCUAAAUAGUUUCGCUUUGGGUUUGCUUUUGAGCAUCUGCUUCUUGCGGUGCUACUGCUAAACUCAAUUGCUGUGGUUGCUACUUUAUUCAGCUUUUUGUAAAAUAAAGCUACAAUAUAUUAUUGUAAUUACUUGGGUGUUGUA